UUCUCUUCUGUUGAAAAUGGUUUAGAAUUCCAUGAAGACCAGCAGGUGGAAGGGGAAUUUCAGGAUUUCUGGGGUUUAUUACCUCCAGAACUACCCCCUCCGUAGUUCCGUGGAAAAUCAACCCGUUUUGGUAAACACUGGGCUCCCCUUGCCCGCCCCCUGAAGAACAGGCGCCACCCAUAUUCUGACGGUGAAGACUUGCCCAGUGCUUGGCGUCGCGGACAGACCACAGUGUCAGAUGAGAGAAAUCCCCUUGCUACAUUCCCAUUGUGAGCAGUGCCACCCUGUGGGAUAGAAGCUCACCCCACGCAAACCGCAUCCCUCGUUAUGAAAGAACUGCAGUGCCCUGCUCCAGAUUCAUUAAUCAUAUGAAGAAUUUCUCUGAAUCUCUUAAAUUUCGUAGUCUACAGUUUCUAAAUUCUCCUGAUAAAUUAAGACAUAAUCCCAAGAAAGACCAUAGCUUCCAGAGAAACUCUGGAAGAUGUACAGUAUUUUCAGAAAGGACCCAGAGUUCAGUGGAGUGUAAAAGACUACUUUCUACUUGCCAGUACAUAGUCCCCAGGUCUUCUGUAAGCACAGUUUCUUUUGAUGAAGAAAGCUAUGAAGAACUCUGUUCCUCUUCAGCAUCAUCCAGUGAAACUGACCAGGCUCCACUGAUUUUCACUGCCAGAGGAGAAACUGAGGGGAGAGCCAGAGGAACACCUAGACAAGCUUGGAACAGUUCAUUUUUGGAAGAACCAGUAAAAAAGCCUAACUGGGCAUACUUGGUAAAUCCUGUUCACCUGGAGGCUGAGGGCAUACAAAUGCAUAGACACACAAGACCUAAGGGCCAGCACUUGAGCCAUCCCAAGAAAAAUUCUAGUUCCGCCGCCAGACCUUCCACUGCUAUCGGCCUCUGCAGAACGAGCCAGACCCCCUGCGCCCAGCAGAGCGCCGGCCCGAGUAACGCAGAGCUCAAGCCGGAGGAGAGGAUGGCAGCCCCAGCAGGCGCUCGGGCACACCCCGACUUCCAAAGCGAACUCCUGGGCGCGUCCGGAUAUCCCGUCGGAAGAGGCGCGGUUGCCAUGGCACCGGAUAUGCUCCCCAAGCAUCCUCAUCCCCCGCGGGACAGGAGGCCUCGGGAGGACACCUCCCUCCAUGGCAAUCUGGCAGGAGCGCCCCUUCCUCUGCUGGCCGGUGCUUCCACCCAUUUCCCCUCCAAGAGGUUAAUAAAGGUUUGCUCCUCAGCACCCCCCCGCCCAACCCGGCGUUUCCAUACGGUUUGUUCACAGGCCCUUUCUAGGCCGGUGGUGAAUGCUCACUUACAUUGACCGCUGCGAGGGAAUUGUUCGGCGAGUGCUGCCCAUCUUCAAAUCAAUGCCGGCUCAGAACAACAGAAAGGGCCUCAGAUGUACUGGUUUCCACAGAACCAUUGUUAGGCUUUUGUGAAGCAUUUUUGAACCUAAUAAAUAAUGUCAAAAGUC